AUGGAAUUGGAGCUGCCCACAUCUUUCUGGCUCUUCGCCACGCUGUUCUUGGAGCUGGUCUUGCUCGUGCGAGUGUUGUGCCUGACAGUUUUACAUCGGCGCUACAUCCAUGAUCUUGUGUCCAAGUUUCGCAGAAGCAUCUGCAAUAUGAUCCACUGUGAGAGCUGCAGCAGGGUGAAGCUUUCGGGAGUGCUCGGCGAGAAGAUCAAUGGCAUGCGCAUGAUUAUGGCGCAUGCUUACUUGAACGUGCUGGUUUUCGUGGUGCUGUUGUUGGUGAUUUUUUCGCAGAGGGUGGUUUUGCUGGAUUUGACCUCUACGGUGACAUACGCUUUCCGGUGGCACCUCCUGUUCAUGCUGGCUGUGGGCACUGCUCAUUUGAUCAGUCCCACAUGGAUGCUCAAGACACCCAUGACCUGCGAUUUAUGUUAUCUGCUUGUCAUGGCAUCUGUCACGGCCGUGGCACUCCUGCCGGAUCCCGGGGCGCCGGACCACAUGCUAUUCACGGAUACCGCGUGCCUGGCUAUCCUCUACCGUGUGCCAACACUCCUGCUGCCCAGCCGACUCUGGCUGGUUUUUUGUGCCAACCUCGUCUACGCGAUCUGUUCCAUCGGUAAAGGUCCAGGCCACUUUGUCGCAGUUGAGUUUCUGCUCUUGCUGCUCAUCACGACCUGCUUCAUCGGGCUCCGGUCACUGCUGAAAACACGAGCAGAGCAGGAUUUUCGCAAUGCCGAGGCAACAACGGAGCUUCGGGUGGCUACGGCACUGCUGAAGCUCAUUUGCGACGCGGUGAUUGAGUUGGAUGGCUCCCUGCGAUUGUGUCAUCACUCCCCAGAACUCGCAGCCAUCUUGUUGCGGGAUCGGCCCGGCUUCAGCUUCGAAGGGACAAAGUUUCAGGAUCUGGUGGCCACAUCCUGGGAGGCCCGAGAGGCUGCGCUGCAGCUAAACAGAGGAGACGAGGCGGAGGAACCGAUCGCUCAGUCCUUCCACACGCGGCUUCAAGACAGCUGUUCGAGCAAGUUCCGCACGGAGGUCUUCCAUGUGAAGUACUGCAAGCCGGACGGACAGACAAGCCACCUUGUCGGCCUCCGCGACUUUACGGACCAAAGCUCCCUUCGCCGCGAAGCUCCCGCAGAGGUGCCUGGCCGGGACAACAGUGGCAGCGCCCUGGUUCGGGACAACAGCGCCCCGGAUUUCUCAAGCCGGGGCUCUGCAACAGAGGAGAUGUCCAACAUGGUUUUGCUGAGUCUCGACGUGGAGCGCAUGUGUGUGGAGGCUGCUUCUGCUCCAGCCACCAGUUUGGUUGGAAUGGACCUGGUCACGCUGUUCCCCGGCCCCGGCGCAGAACUGCUUCGGGACAUGUGGUCUAAGGAGACCUUUCGGUUCCAAGCGGCGAGUUCAGCUCCCGGCCGCCAGGAGCUGCCACCUCGUGUUUUCGUGUUUGUGAAGAUGGUGGUGCAAUGGCGCUCGGAGCUUGUUGACCACAUCGACGGGUGCGUCGAGGCGUGUUGA